UCAUUCAUUCUAUACAAGAUGCUGUUCUCUUCUUCUUCCGCUGCGCUGGCCGCUCUGAUGCUUGCACCUUUGGCACUUGCUGCCCCUGCCACCUCGCCCAACCCCGCUCUCUACGAGAGAUCUCUUAACUCCGGCAAGGGAACCUGGUAUGGCGAGAACUGUGGUGAGGAAGCCUGCUGGCAGCAAGGUGCUUGCGCCUUCACCGACUACGUCCUCCNNCCCUCAUCCAUUGCUGGCUCUACCUGUGUGUCCGAGGCCAUCUGGAACAACGGCCAGAACUGCGGUGGCUGUGUUUCUAUCACCUACAAGGGUGGUGCUAAGAAGAUCGCCAUGGUCACCAACAAGACCGGUGGUGACAAGAACCACCUGGACAUGUCUCCUGACAUGUUCGCACAGAUCGCCAACAAGAACCUCGGCGAAAUCCCCAUCGAGUGGGAGUUUGUUCCUUGUCCCAUCACCGAUGGCCUCGAGAUCAAGAUGCACGGAGGUUCUUCGCAAUACUGGUUUGCUGCCACUGUCAUGAACGCACGCCUGCGUACAUUCAAGCUUGAGGUCAGUGGUGACAACGGCAGCACUUGGAAGCCUACCGCCAGAAAUGUCAACAACUUCUUCGAGCUUACUGGCGGCACUGGCACCAAGACUGCUUGGGUCAGAGCUACUUCGGAGAACGGUGACAGUGUUGUUGUCAAGAAUGUUGACAUGACUUCUGGCAAGACCACCAAGGGCACUGUCAACUACAAGGCUUAA